AUGAUUCACCGCAUUAUUGUUUUUGUCGUUUUAGUAAUAAUUAUUUUAAAUUUAGUGUUUGGUGUAAAUAUAAUUGACACAACAAAAUUGGGAUUCGAUCAUUGUGGUAGUUUUAUUUGUGGCGAUCCCAAAAUGGAAGUUUAUAAAUUGAAGGACUUGGUUGACACCAAAAAUGAAGGAUCAGUAUUGGUUUCGCAUAAUAUUUUGUUGAAUCGUUCAUAUAGUGAAAAUGUUGUUUCGAUUAUUAAGGUUCGGCUUGUUAUGUUCCUGUUGGACCCCCUAUUGCAUUCGGAAAAAAAAUUGCAUUAUAGAGUAGGCGAAAACAUGAUUUAUCGCAUUAUUGUUUUUAUCGUUUUAGUAUUAUUGGUUUUAAAUUUAGUGUUUGCUGCAAAUGUUAUUGACACAACAAAAUUGGGAUUCGAUCAUUGUGGUAGUUUUAUUUGUGGCGAUCCCAAAAUGGAAGUUUAUAAAUUGAAGGACUUGGUUGACAACAAAAAUGAAGGAUCAGUAUUGGUUUCGCAUAAUAUUUUGUUGAAUCGAUGUCGAAAGACGACUGGAGGCUGUUGUCCAAACACCCAACUUUGUACAGCUAGCAAAAAAGAACAGAUUUGUAUAAAAUUCAAAUUUCAAUACAUAUCGUUCGACGCGCCUGUAGAAAAAUAUAUCGUAGUAGAAAAUCACCUAAACUGCAGCUGCCAAACGAAGGAAAACUACGUUCAAGAAGGUGGGUUUACAAUGAAAGAUAAAUGUGAAGUUUGA